AUGUGGGCGAGCGGAGAAGGGUGCUCUGGCUCAGCCGCAACCGCAAGUUAUGGGGGAGAAAAUGGAGAUUGUGAAUGUCUUCUCGGCGGUUCCUUCUCGAUCGGCGCCGUCGUCGCCGUUCUCUCCCUCGUCUUCUGCGCCACCGUCUUUGCUUACUACUUCAUCUCCAGAGACACCGAAGAAGUGAAUACAUAUCACGGUGAGGAUGAUGACGUUGAUUUUCUAGCGAAUGUGACGCGGGCGGAGACUUAUAAAGUCCUCAAAUUCGGCCAGGGCUCGGUGGUCCAUGGCCGAGAUUCACGGUAUUGGGAUAAGGAUGACAGGAGAAGGGAUGAUGAUUACAAUGAGGAUGUGGUAGAGCAUAGUAGAAUAGCUGCCGGGGAUGAGGCUAAAGAUAAUGGCAAUGCUUCGGGGAAAGGGAAGAACUUUGAGAAGAAAUCUGUUAGUGCUGGUUCCCAUAAGGGUUCGGAUGGGAAAGGCGUUGGGUUGUACAAUGAAGCAGGGCGUGAUGAGUUGAAAAUGUACGAGGCAGAAUAUGAGGCCUCUUUGAAGAAUUCGCGGAACUUUUUGCAAGAAGAUGUGCAGCAAAAUCGGCAAUCUGAUGAUGAGCAUUUGGAGAAGCAAAAUGAUGUGGUUGAUUCUUUUGACGAGUAUGAUGAUGGGAUAGAUUAUCAUGAUGUUCGUGGGGACGAGUAUGAUGAUACUAGACUUGACAAAGAGGAAAGUUUUGAUGUAGCAAAAUCCCAUUAUGAAGAUGGUAGAGAUGGCGAAACCAAGUCAAAUAAUCAAACUAUUGCCCAGAGAGUUGAGGGUAUGUCCACUAAAUCCCAUGAGGAGGACUCUUUUGAGCAUUCUCGAAAUCUUGAGGAAGCUGAUAGAAAAUCCAAAGAUGUUAGCGGAACUGAUGGUCAAUCGUCAAGAAGGUCACGGUCAGAUUCAAAAAGGAAAGGAAAGCGUCGCAAGUUUUCGGGUUCUUGUGAGAUGAAAAUUUUAAACUCUUCGUCACAGCUUAUAGAACCUCUAGAAAGUCGGAAACUUGCAAGAUUUAGCUUACAGUAUACUGAAACAGAGGACAAGCCUGAUGGUGUAGAGCAUUGGGAACCCAGAUUUGCUGGGCAUCAGAGUUUGCAGGAAAGAGAAAAUUCAUUCUUGGCUCAAGAUCAAAAAAUAAAUUGUGGCUUUAUCAAAUUUCCUAAAGAAUCCCGAAGUACUGGAUUUGAUUUGGCGGAAGAUGAUCAAAAUUACAUGAGCAGGUGCCAUAUUGCCGUCAUGUCCUGUAUAUUUGGCAAUUCGGAUCGCUUGAGAAUACCUACUGGUAAAACGGUCACUAAGCUGUCAAGGAAAAAUGUCUGUUUUGUGAUGUUCAUUGACGAGAUUACUUUGCAAACGCUUUCUUCAGAAGGUCACACACCAGAUAGAAUGGGUUUUAUUGGAUUAUGGAAGAUUGUUGUGGUGAAGAAUUUGCCAUAUACUGAUAUGCGAAGAGUGGGAAAAAUACCAAAACUUUUACCACAUCGGCUUUUUCCUUCCGCAAGGUACUCUAUCUGGUUGGAUAGCAAAUUACGUCUCCAGCUUGAUCCUCUACUCAUAUUGGAAUACUUCCUGUGGCGAAAGGGUCAUGAGUACGCAAUCUCAAAUCACUACGACAGACAUUGUGUAUGGGAAGAGGUUGUGCGAAAUAAGAAACUGAACAAGUACAAUCAUACCAUCAUAGAUCAACAAUUUGAAUUUUAUCAGGCUGAUGGAUUGACAAGAUUUAAUGCCUCAGAUCCAAACAGGCUUCUUCCCAGCAAUGUACCGGAGGGGUCGUUUAUCAUACGAGCACACACACCGAUGUCAAAUUUGUUCUCUUGUCUGUGGUUCAAUGAGGUUGACCGAUUUACUCCUCGUGAUCAGCUAAGUUUUGCGUAUACAUACCAGAAGUUGAGAAGGAUGAAUCCUGGAAAGCCUUUUCAUCUUCAUAUGUUCAAGGACUGUGAAAGGAGAGCUAUUGCUAAAUUAUAUCAUCACAGGUCAGAGGAGAAGAGGAACACUCGGUGAUAGGAAACAGACUGAAUAAUAUUUUCUUGUAUUGGCAUUUUUUGGAAUUUGGUUUCCAUAGAUGGAGCUCAGCCAAGCUGAUCCUCAGUGCCUUUUGGAGUCAUCUGCUUUAAAAAAUAUCAAUAUACAGCAGGCUGCUAUUUCCAAACAUGGUACACGACACUUGUGAUUUUAGCAUGAGCGAAGUCUACUGCGAUGCCGAAUUUUUUCUUGGGUGACCUCUUGGGGCAACAACAUCAGCAGUGCCAGUUGCUUCCUUACCCGCGGGUGUGUAUCUGUAGAAUAGAGAGAAUUUCCAAUUUACAUUUUCUUUUUCAUUAUAUUCAUUUUAUCUUCGUCAUUAUUUCGUCCCAAGGCAAGUGAAGCAGCAAAUACCUUCGGACCCGUAAUGCCACUAAAAAUAUAGUUACUUCCAUGUGCUUCGCAAUUGGUAUUCAUGUUUUAUUGCUGACUUUAGAAGUUUUGGUAGUAUUAGCCGUGUAUGACAUUGAGAAAUACGAAAUACGAUUGGAUUAUUGAUUUGGCAUCA